ACGUAACGUACGCACCGACAAAGACUGCGAGCCUGAAACCUAUGGGGAAGGAGUAAAAAAAGACAUUCGGUAUCGUCGCACUCUGUAUCUUUAGACCAUCGUUUUUGAGAGGCUCGCCGCUUAAGGAACGAGAUACAGACGCCGAAAUUUGACCAAGACGAAGCCGGGAGCGAGCACCAGACCGAAGGGUGUAAAUUAGCCGCACAAAGACUGUCGCGACGGCAGGUUUUCCGUUGGAGGAUCUGUAAGCUCUGGUAUAGUGAGGGAGCCGCCAUGGCAGUCGGAUCAUUGAGGCUCCACAUCGGGAUAUGAAGAGGAGCUGAAUGCCCCCCCUGAAUUGACUCGUUUUGCCUCUGGAUUUGACAACCGAACCAACUACUAUUCGCAUUCGUGGAAACCACACAGAAAAAGACGUUUUAGCAAACAAGUUGGCCACAUAGAGAGGCCAAAUUCACCACUAUUUCAGUCGGAGACGUGUCUUGUGAGGCCCGCUGAAAGGAAAGCUGGACUAUAAAGCAGAUAAAUAAUGCUCUGAUUGCCCGUCGUCGGGGAAAUAUAGGACAGUUUUAUUUUGUGAUUAUAAACCAGUUUGUUAACGGGCUCUCUUUUUGCCUGUGCUCUUCUUCUGAGACGCUAAGAUAUUAAUUUUACUGUCAUCCUGCAUUUGGAUGAGAAGCUUCGGCGAAUCGAGCCACCCUGUCGUUUAGCAAGUCGAAAGAAUCAAAGGGAUUGGAUCAUGUCGGGUCGGCCCAGGACCACAUCCUUCGCCGAGAGCUGCAAACCAGUGCCGCAGCCCUCUGCUUUCGGCAGCAUGAAAGUCAGCAGAGACAAAGAUGGCAGCAAGGUAACAACAGUUGUGGCCACUCCAGGCCAAGGCCCAGACAGGCCACAGGAGGUCAGCUACACGGACACCAAGGUUAUCGGCAACGGCUCCUUCGGUGUUGUCUAUCAAGCAAAACUCUGCGACUCUGGGGAAUUGGUGGCGAUAAAGAAGGUCCUACAAGAUAAGAGAUUUAAGGUAAAGCAUGCGUGAAAGCUGUGUACGUAA